UUGAAGGGAAACAAUCAAUUCAUCUCCAUUCCUUCGUAUUAUACAUUAACCCACCAGAACUUCACUUGUUUAACUCGACAUCACAUCCAGCAUGUCUCGUCCCAGCAACACUCGUGGGGCUUCGACGACCAACAUUCCGAGUGGCGGUUGGAGAGUGCUCGAAGGCAAGCUUGCCAUUGUUACAGGCGCUUCCCGUGGUAUCGGAGCAGCAGUAUGCGAGAAUCUGGCAGCCAAGGGGGCAUCCCUCAUUUUGAACUACACUUCGGACCAGAGCGCAGAGCGGACGGCAGAGCUGGCCAAGAAACUGCACGAUGAGCACCAGGUCCAGACAUUGUCCGUCCAAGCCGACAUGGGCAAUAUCAAUGGACCGGCACACAUUGUCAACAUGGCCAAGAACAACUUUGCGCACCCUCGCAGCGGCAAAUUUCAGAUUGAUAUUAUCGUCAACAAUGCCGGUAUUGCCAGCAAGACCACCAUUGAGCAAUCCGAACCCGACGAGUUCGACCGGCUGUAUCAUGUCAACGUGCGAGGUCCCUUGCUGUUGAUGAAGGCAGCCCUGCCCUACUUGCCACAAGACCGGAGCGGACGUGUGGUGAAUCUGAGCAGUGUCAGCUCGAGUCUGGGCUUCGGGGGGGAUUGUUUGUAUGGAGGCACCAAGGCGGCAUUGGAAGCCAUGACGAGAACGUGGGCGCGCGAACUGAGCGAACGGGCGACGGUGAAUGCGGUCAAUCCGGGCCCGGUGGCGACGGACAUGUAUAUGAGCACUUCGAAAGAGUUUCAGGCCAAGAUGGCGGGCUGGACGAGAAAUACACCCCUCGCUGCCAUUCGACCCGACGUCGAUCGUGAGGAUCUGGUGGAGGGUGCUGAGCUGGCGGGAGGUCGACCGGGCUAUGACUAUGAAGUUGCAGGAGUGGUGGCCAUGUUGUGUACGCCCGACAGUGCGUGGUGUACCGGCAGCGUGGUCUGCGCCAAUGGUGGUUUCAAAUUCAGCUACUAAGCGGUAAUACCAGGAGGUAAUAUAUAUAUUCACCACUGGAGGAGCGAGCCAUAUAAAACAAUACCGUCCCGGUAUAUCAACGAUUGGUGGGCACACAUAUGACCGAAAACAACAAUACAGC